AUGAAGAAGGCCUUUAGCUUCUUGCCCCUUCUCGCUAUCUCCUCCGCUGUUCAAGCCUGGGACCUCGCCUUCUACGAAGGGACAGCCUGCAAGAGUGCCAAAGAGAUUGCUUCCUUCAGCGAUAGUAAGGCCAUGAGUUGCCAAAACAUCGACUCAUCCGUUUCCAUCACGGCCGUCGAAGCUACCUUCAACGAUGACAAUUUUAAAAUCCUGGUUUAUUCCAAGACUGAUUGCGCCACCUCCGGUUAUUAUAAUGAGCCUGCAACUGGUCAAUGCGAGACGACCGGGGAUCUUUUCGGCUAUUCAUCGCAGGUCUACAAGUCGUUCAAGGUCGGUUGA